AUGUUGUCUCAAAAGGGCAAAGACGCUAUCGAUAGCGUUCUGCCUUCCUUCUCCGUGACCCUAGGCCACGCCUCCAUCCAAACCACCGAUUCCAUCUGGGAGUCAGCCGUCCAAUGCUUCGAACAAAUCCUCGAGGCCUACGAAGCUCGCGCCGUCCUCUCCGGCCUGGAAAAUCUCCGGAGCAUCCUACAAGCAACAUUUGACGAGGAGGUGCGCGGCCUAUUGGACUCGGACGCACAGGGGUUGAGCCUACUCGACGAUUCCCUCGACGACGCCACCAAGGCCCGUGUACUAGCUCAGGUCGUCGCCGGCACUGUCGCUGUGCUGGAGCGGACGACUGACUCGGGCAGGCUGGUCAGCGUAGAGCGUUUCGGCGCAGAGGUCCGACGUUUCGCGGAGAGCGACCACCGGAGGAGACUUGUCGAGACGAUUGAGGGAAGCAAGGUGUUCGCGCGGUGUUACGCGCCCCAGCAGAUCAGGGACGUCAUGGUCCGGGCCGUGGAAGACCGCCACGACGGCGAGGAUUGGUUGGGAGAGGAUGGCCAAUCUGCCAUCGGCUGGGCGACGGAACUUCCCUCGAGGAACAUGGGGUUGCCGUGGGGUUUCACCAUCCUGGCAUUGAACUGA